AAUUUUGUGUGAUUGUAGUGGAAAUUGUCAGCAAAAGUGAGCGAUAGGCCUUUUGGAUAUAAAUAUGAGGGAAAUCACUGCAAAUCACCCAAACCAUAGAGUGACUUCAAAGUGAUCAGACAUGGCUUCAAAGUUGAUUGUCCUUGCUGCUCUUGUGGCAACCGCAACAGCCGUUGCUGUGGGACCUGUGGCUCCGCUUGGGUACCCAGCAUACGGAGCUUACGGACACCCCGCAUAUGGUCCAGGUAUUGCCAAAGUUGGUUUUGCAGCUCCCGUUGCUAAAAUUGCUGCUCCCGUUGUUGCCAAAGCUGUUGUUGCCGAUGAUUACGAUCCAAAUCCUCAGUACAGCUACAGCUAUGACAUUCAGGAUGCACUCACGGGUGACUCGAAGAAUCAACAAGAAUCACGAAGCGGUGAUGUUGUUCAAGGAUCCUACUCACUCGUGGAGCCUGAUGGCACUCGUCGUAUUGUGGAGUACACAGCAGAUCCCGUGAAUGGAUUCAAUGCCGUCGUUCACCGCGAACCAUUGGCCACCAAAGUUGUCGCCGCUGCUCCAGCUGUGGCCAAGAUUGCUGCUCCCAUUGGCUAUGCUCAUCCAGGUGUUGCCAGAAUCGGAUAUCCCGGUCUCUAUCACUAAGCACACCUCUUCCAUAUUUGGGUAUGACUGAGAUGAAAUUCCAUCAACGCAUAGUCACACAUUGAUGGGAUUUUCUCUCUUCCACGACGUUGGCUUGCACUUCUUGCACUAGUUUUCGUCCUCAACCUCUUAUUUUGUGUAUAUAUUGCUAUUAUUAUUAUUAUUAUCAUCGUUUUUUUAUAUCAAGAACCGAUUUCACUGAACACCAUCCACGUGACAAUUAAUGAGCGUUUAACAAUAUUUCUUAUAAAUUAUAUUCUGAAUAUUUUUUUUCCUAUUACGUCUUCCCCCAUUGAAGCACUAUAUCUUCACCAUAAACAUCCUUUAUCUCUCUUCUAUGCAACCAUCCACUCUUUAUACAUUUUCUAUACAAUCUUUUUCGAGAAAUCAAUUAAAAAUAUUGCCAUUCAAUUUGUAAAGAAGACAAAGAAUGCAUCGAAUAUGUUUAUAUGAUGAAGAAAAAUAAUUAAAAUUUAUUCAUAAUUUAUUAUUAUUUAAGACUGCAAUGUCCGCAAGAGAAUUGUACGAAAAAAAAGGCAAAAUAAAAUGCAAUUGUAACAAAGACA